AUGACUUGCGAGCUCUUCAGUUUGGCAGUGAAGGUACGGUGCAUUUCAAACUGUCCUUCUCAGAGGACUCUGUGUGGGAAGCACUGCCACAGAGGAUGCAGAAAGGGAGUGGGAGGGGUCACGGUGGUGGGGGUCGUCCCACCCCACCUCCAGCGCCAGGGUCUGCCCGUGCGGGGACUACUGGGCAGUAUCUGGAAGAACAGUGCCAAGAACGACCCCUGGCUGGUGCUUCAGAGAGAAUCGGUCACAUCACCUCAUGUGGAUCUGACUGAGUAA